AUGAGCUCGCAGGAUAAUAAUGAGACAAGUGUUGAAGUACUAGAAAACGAUCCACCUUCGCAGGAAUCUACUACCACAGCUGAAUUUGAACGGCCGACUAUUUCUCCGCCAACGACCACCACUACCACCGUCGCCGCAGCAGCAUCAUCCGGACAUCCUGUUGUUUUGCAAAAUCCCGUUAAAAUCGCCUUCUCCUAUCGUCAAGAAACAAAUGAUCGAGUCAAAGUGAUCAGUGCAUUGGUUCAUGACCGAAUCACCACGCCAGAUUUUCCUAAACCAGUAUUUUAUGCACCUAACUUCCAAGCGGCUUUGGCCCUUAUUGACGCAGGAAGAAUUUAUGAAUUUUUGAGUCAAGAGAAUUCUCGUGAUGCUUCAUCGUCGUCUCGAACAUCGGUGAUUGAAACAUCUACAAUGCCAUAUAGUGCAAUACCGAUAGAUGUCAUUGAUGGUAUUCAUCUUGUAGAUACCGAAGAAAUGGCUGGUCAAGAGACUGGUGAAGUUAGUGUUGAAGCAUUUGAGAACUAUCUUCAACCGGAUGAAACAAUAAAUCGGUCAACUUUGGAACGUGCUGGUGUCGCUGGAAUUCUUACUCUUGAUGAUGGACUAAUGGUAUCCCUUUCGUCAACCAACGGUGAUUUUUUUUUUGUAUAUAGAACAACAACUAAUUCAUUUAUUUUAGAGAUGGUUCCUCCUUCGCCAGAUUCAAAUUUUUCAGCAUUGUACUCACCUAGUUUCUCACAACAUCCCGUACAUGUUGCUCUCUCGUACCAUGAUGAAACGACUACUCGAGUACAAAUCAUCAGUGAACUUCUUAAAAAACAUAUUACUACGUCGAAUACUGCGAAUCUAAUAUUCGAUGUUCCAACUGCUCACGCAAAUAUGAGUAUACUCGAUCGUCGAAAAAAUUCAAAACACAUCUACAGACGAGCUGCUCUAGUAGUAGUCUUUCUCUCGCCUACUUAUCAUAAUUGCAGCUUGUGCUAUAACGAUUGGCGAGCGAUUACAGAUCGAUUUAUGGGCGAUUACCAAGAUCAGCAAUGCGAACGACUGCUCUUGGUGAAGUUGGGCGAGUAUAAUGCAGAUAAACUCGGUCUUUUCGCUGAUGAUUGGCAUCUAGACGCAAUGAACAAAAGUGAUGAAGACGUUGUUGAUAUUAUUGUUGAUAGAUGGUGCAUGGUGGAGAACUUGUUAUAA